AUGUAUGUAUGCACCGGACUAAGGGCGAGAAUCCACCACGAAAACGUAAAUCCCUUCGGACAUGUAUCGCUCAGUGCAGUGCACGACAGUCUGUUGUGGUCCGAUGGCCUUACCCAGGGGUAUUCCCUUGGGGCCUGGGGCUCGCGGUAUCCCUUGCAAUCCCUGGAUCUGUCGGCCAACGGAACCCUACGGAAACAGAGGAGAAACCCUUGUCGAAAGUCGGUCCGGAUGGAGAACUGCGCCCAAAUGGGCAAGAAUGAGGCUGCUGUGGUGGUAACCCGGUGGCUGCGGUGCAUGCUGGUGCUGAGCCCCGAACCCGCGAUCGAUGUCACUGAGAAAGGUUGGCCAAGACGUUUAUACGCGCCUCGCCCGCAGAUGUCGGGUCACCGGGGCUUCCCAGCAGCAGUGGAUGUCGCGGCGAUGCAGGGCCAAGAAAGGCAUGAUGACAUGACAGCCAUGGCGCCUAAGAAACGGGCAGGAAAUAGGCUUAAUCGCACGGGGCCGGGCGGCAGGCUGGGGCGACCUCCUCGUUAUGGGCACGGCCCAGGCUUCGGCGGCCCGGCCCCCCCUCGCGGUCCAUUUGAGCCCGACAUGAUGCAUGGCCCAGGAGGGCCAGCCCCUCCAGCAGCGGUGGGCCCGCUUCCAGAUGAGCCAAUCAUGCUGCAGGAGGUGGUGCUAAGUAAGCGUCUCGCAGGCGUGCUGAUCGGUACCGGCGGCAGCAACGUAUCUCUUGUUCGCCGCGAGUCUCGCUGCAAGGUGCACGUGUCAGAGGUCCGCGGGCCGGAACAGACGCAGACCGUUGAGUUAACCGGCACGGAGAAGCAGAUUUCCAAUGCGGUUGCCUCCAUCAGACGCAUUUUGACCGAGUUUGACCCAGAGCAUAAGGUGGAUAUCAAGCCCACUGUGGAAACCACGGUUGAGAUUUACCCCGAAAUGGUCGGCAGCGUGUUGGGCAAGGCCGGCGCCACGAUUAAGGUCAUCCGACAGAAGUCCGGAGCCCACGUUCGUGUAGAAGAUCUGCAGCCAGGAGAGCGCAUGCAAUUGGUGAUGAUUCACGGCAGCAUUGAGCAAGUCAAAACGGCAUACGCGGAGGUCAAGGGCAUCAUUGAUCGCUUUGAUCCUGCCAAGGUCAAGGGGGGUUUCGCCGCACCUAUGAUGCCGCCGCCGCGCAGCAUGAUGCCACCACCGGGUCCCGCCGGUCCCGGUGGACGGUACGGGCCCCCUGGACCUGAGGACAGGUACGGUCCCCCAGGACCCGACCCACGCGGUCGCGGCCCUCCCGCGCCCGAAUGGUACGACGAUGGCUACGAGUACCCACCUAACGAUGGCCCAUACGGUCCCAUGGGUCGUAUGGAUGGUGCCCGUGCUCCCGGUCCUCGAGGUGCUGGGGGUCCUUACGGCCCGAUGCGGGGCAGUCCGCCGCCCGGAGCUGGCGGCCGGUACGGGGCGACAGGGCCCGACAUGGGUCCUGGUGGACCUCGGGGCCCUGGCUUUGGCGGCGGCGCCGAGGGACCGUACCGGGGCCCUAAUGGUGGUCCUGAGCCUUACGGGAGUGGCCCCGUGGGCGACCCGCGCAUGGGCCCUGGCGGCAGCGGUGGUCCACCGCAGCCGCAGCCCGCACCAGCACAGCCAGUGUACCAGCCGGCGGCGCAGACGUAUGUGCAGCCGCAACCGGCACCGGCGCAGCCUCAACCGCAGGCAGCACAGACGGCCGCGGCAGUGCAGACAGGCGCGCAGCAGCAGGUUGGUCCCGUGGUCCUGAUGCUGCAGCCCGAUGGCACUUACAAGCCGGCGCAGGUGGUGCUGUACAAUAUGUCUGCGGCGCAGACUGGACAGAUGCCGGCGGCCCAGGCGGUGCAGGCGCAGCAGCAGGCAGCGCAGCCGGCGGUGCAGCAGGUCACGAUUCCGGCACAGGCUGCGACGACGCAGGCGCAGACGGUUUCCGUAGCACAGCCGGUGGCGGCCGCAACCGCAAGCGCGCCGACAGGACAGGUGGUGUACAGCACUAACGGCGCCGUCUUUGACGCCGGGACCCUGAACCAGCUGUCGUCGUCCAUCACAGCCUACUCUCAGCAUACGGCGCAGCACCCGCAGCACGAUUCACAGACCGCCGUCGGCGGUGCCACAGGUGCUCCAGCUGCGGCCAACCCACAGGCACAAGCGACGUCUGCAGCCGCGCCCGCAGCCACAGCUACGGCGCCUGUGACCUAUGGUGUGUACGGUGCUCAGCAAGCCGCACAACCGCAACAGCAGCAACAGGCUGUUCCGCAGCAGCAAGCCCAGGCGCCGGCCCAGGCGCAGCAGGCCGCAGCGGUGACGGCGGCGACGGCGGCGUAUGGUGCGUAUGGCCAGACCAUGGCGUCAACUUCACUGUACCCGGGCAUGGUGGGUGUUCCCGGGGGCUACACGAUGACUCAGGAGCAAAUGCAGGCUUACAUGAGGGGCCAGUUUGCAACGCAGCAGCAACAAGCCGUACACCAGUCGUACAACCCAUACGCGUAUCCGUACAUGUAUGCUCAGGCGCAGCAAACCCAGCAGAAGCCAGGGCAAGUUGAGGCGACGCCAGGUGCGACAGCGCAGGGCGCGGCCACUCAGGCGGGUCAGCAGACGGUUCAGCAGCCAGUGAAGACCGAGCAAGGCCAGGGCCAGCAAACGACCGUCCAGCCUAGUCAUGCGCAGGGCCAGCUCCCACAAUACUCGUACCAGUACAACACGGGCGCGUAGGUGAGAGUUAUUGUAGCGCAGAAUAGCUGGCAUUCUGUGGAGGCCAGGUCAGGACAACCUAAAAUAUGGUUGUGGUUCGACGGUGGAGCAAAGACCCAGCGGUUGCGGACAACACCGCAGCAGCCGUUGAAGCAAAGCAACGGGAACAUGAAGCGGCGCAUGGUUUGGUAGUCGCAAGCUUCAGCUACGACCGAAGGGGCAAUGCAGGAGGGUGCCACAGCGAUUGCCGCUCGUAGCGCACCUUUUGAGGGAAAGCCAGUGUAUGCGAACGAGGGGGACAUGACCUCGGGACUAAUUUCAGAUUUGACGGGAUGAGCAAGAGGUUACUUAAGCCAGCCAAGAAGCACACGGCGUGCAGCUCAUCAGGCGCGAAAGUUAUUGUGUUGCGGAAUGCGAGGUACUGGCUUGGCUAAAAGCAUGCCUUUGGCUUUGCAGAAGGCGCGGUUAAGAACACGCGAAAGAUUAUGAGUGCGACAAGGGAGUGAUGUAGUGCG